AUACAUCCAUCAAAAUCAUAUAAAAGUCCACAUUUGUAGUUGCAUCCGAGGUAUCCAUGCUUAACUUUGGAUCCAAAGAGGAUACGAGUUAGAGCUUAGAGGAGGUACUAAACAAUUUUAUACUGAACAGAAAAACAGACAUAAGAAAUUUUUCCCUUAAUUCAAUCCAGCUCCAUCCCAAUCGUUGUUCACUGGAUUAUCCCCCCCCCCCCCCCACCAAUUCCAUCGCCACCUGUGAAGCCCUGGUCUUCGAUUCGUGGCACCUCUGAGCAAGGCAGCGGAUCGGAGGCGGCCGCGGCGGCUCCAGCGGACCCAGGAGAAGUGAGGACUCCGACCAAACGGCGGCUUGGAGGUGGCGCCGACGCCGGCGACGUGGUACUCUCGGCGGCCGACCGCUGGAGAUGGGGAAGCCGGAGCUCGCCGGGUUCGCGCGCGCGCACCACGUGGCGUUCUUUGAUGCCAUGGCCACCGAGCUCCCCGGCGACUACGCGACGCAGGAGGUCAACCACCUCACCCUCGCUUACUUCGCCGUCGCCGGCCUCUCCCUGCUGCGGGAGCUCGACCGGGUUAACAAGGAUCAGAUUGCCAAAUGGGUUUUGUCUUUUCAAGUUCAUCCUGAGGCAAAUUGUGACGUAGAUAAUGGGCUGUUCUAUGGAUUCUGUGGUUCUAGGUCAACUCAAUCUCCGUUACCUUAUGUGAAGGACCCUUGCCACAAUGGUAGUCAUCUUGCAAGCACUUAUUCUGCCCUCGCUAUCCUGAAGAUUGUAGGCUACGAUCUUGCAAAUAUUGAUAAUAAGGCACUUUUAUUGUCUAUGAAAAAGCUCCAACAACCAGAUGGAAGCUUCAUGCCUACUCAUAUUGGUGCAGAAACAGACCUUCGCUUUGUAUACUGUGCAGCUGCAAUCUGCUCAAUGCUAGAUGACUGGACAGGAAUGGACAAGUUAAAGGCAAAGGAAUACAUUCUUAACUGCCAGUCAUAUGAUGGAGGCUUUAGCAUGGUUCCUGGUUCAGAAUCUCAUGGUGGAGGGACUUUUUGUGCCGUUGCAGCUCUCCAUCUAAUGGGCUUCAUUCAAGUUGAUUUGGCAUCUAACUUAAGGGAUUUUGUGUCGAUUGACACACGCAUGCUCCUGGAGUGGUGCCUUCAGAGGCAAGUUACUGAUGGAGGAUUCCAAGGGAGAAGAAACAAGCCCAGUGAUACUUGCUAUGCUUUUUGGGUUGGAGGUGUUCUGAAGAUCAUUGGUGCCGACCACUUGAUUGAUCAUUGUGCUCUACGGGAAUUUUUGCUGACCUGCCAGUCACCUUAUGGAGGCUUUACAAAGUUUCCAUAUGGUCGAAUACCGGACAUCUACCAUUCUUAUUAUGGCCUGGCUGCCCUUUCCUUGUUGGAAGAGGAAGGUCUCGAACCACUUCACGUCGAACUGGGGAUCCUCUCUGCUGCAUUAGCAUCUGGGGACCCCGGUAGAAGCAGCCAAGCUCAUCCCGGUGGCGGUGUCCUCUUCCUCCUCCCUGCGGCUUUGCCAAUGGCGGGCGUCGGCUCGACGGUGCGGCGGCUCUACCUCUCCGUCUACAACUGGGUCGUCUUCUACGGAUGGGCGCAGGUGUUGUACUACGCCAUCUUGGCGCUGCUGGAGAGCGGGCAUGAGGCCGUCUACGCCGCCGUCGAGCGGCCGCUGCAGUUCGCACAGACCGCCGCCAUCAUGGAGAUUCUUCACGGGCUUGUAGGGUUGGUGAGGUCUCCAGUCUCUGCAACUCUUCCACAAAUCGGAUCAAGGUUGUUUCUUACAUGGGGCGUCUUGUGGAGUUUUCCUGAGAUGCAUUCUCAUAUUCUUGUUACUACCUUGGUCAUAAGCUGGUCCAUCACCGAGAUCAUUAGGUACUCUUUCUUUGGUACGAAGGAGGCACUUGGAUUUGCGCCUUCCUGGCUCUUAUGGCUUAGGUACAGCACCUUUAUGGUAUUGUAUCCUACUGGUAUCUCUAGUGAGGUUGGCCUGAUCUUCCUCGCCCUGCCUUACAUGAAGGCAUCUGAGAAAUACUGCCUUAGGUUGCCCAACAAAUGGAAUUUCUCCUUUGAUUACAUGUAUGGAUCUAUCCUUGCCAUCCUUGUCUACGUUCCAGGUAGUCCCCACAUGUUUGGUUAUAUGCUUGCCCAGCGGAAGAAGGCAUUGUCAAAGGUGAAAACUGCGUGAUGAUGCUCAAGAGCUUCCCAGAGCAGUAUGCAACUUUGGAAUGCGCCUAAUGGCUCGUGUUUGUUGUAGCGGAACGGGGAAUGUUAGAACACGCCUUCUCUUUUUUUCUUCUUCAUGAAUUAUAUGCGUUAUAACUUAGCUCUUCCAUGGUUGAAUGCUUGAUCCAAUUGCCCAACAUGGUGUAGUUGCAUUACAGGUUGCCACUGUUCGAAUGCUAAUCCCUUGUACUUGCAUCAUGCUUGUAAUAUGUUACACAAAUGUGGACAAGAUCAUUCUAUGGUCUUUCAGUGCCUGGAAAUUUUACCAUUUUAUGGUGGUAUACCACUGA